AUGGAGGGCCAGAAGUUCAAGGUCUCGAUCAAGGUGAUUUCGGAUGUGAUCUGCCCCUGGUGCUUCAUCGGCAAGAGGAGGCUCGAGCAGGCCAUUGCCCGGCACUCGGACCAGUACGAGUUCGAGGUCAAGUGGCUCCCCUUCAUCCUGCAGCCCGCCCUGCCCCGCGAGGGAGUCGACCUGCGCACCCACCACCGCAAGCAGAUGGGAGCGCGCGCCGACGCCAUGCUCGACGACCUCAAGUCCACGUACCUGAAAACGGAGGAGGACCUCGAGUGGGUGAUCACGAUCGACCUCUUCUGGAAGGAGCAGCAGACCGAAGGCCUCCCCUUCUUCGUCUUCAACGACAAGAUCAGCUUCGCGGGCGGCCAGGCGCCCGAGGUGUUCGGUCAAGUCUUUAACGCCCUCAAGCAGCAGGCCCAUGCCGAGUCUUCCUAG